AUGCAGGCAGUUGAUGAGAGACUGAGGGGGGAGCUGGGAGGAUGGAGUGGUGCUGAGAUACAGUUGGGUAUCAUCAGCGUAACAGUGGAAAUUGAGUCCAUGAUGUCGGAUGAUCUGGCCGAGGGGGAGCAUGUAAAUGGUGAACAGGAGGGGGCCAAGCACAGAGCCCUGGGGUACACCGUGGUGGACUGGGGCCGGGGCUCCUCCUCUCGUCCUCCCCUGCUUUGGUAUCAGGUGGCAGACCGCCUCUUCUCAUCAUUUGGUCAGGACAUCCUGGACGCUCUGUACUGGACAGCCACAGAACCAAAGGAGAAGAAGAGAGCGCACAUAGGCGUGAUUCCUCACUUCCUCAUGGCUGUGCUCUACGUCUUUCUCCAUGCCAUCCUCAUCAUGGUUCAGGCCACCACUCUGAACGUAGCCUUCAACUCCCACAACAAAUCCCUGCUCACCAUCAUGAUGUCAAACAACUUUGUUGAGAUAAAAGGAAGUGUGUUCAAGAAGUUUGAAAAGAACAACCUUUUCCAGAUGUCAAACAGCGACAUAAAAGAGAGGUUCACCAACUACAUCCUCCUGCUCAUAGUCUGUCUGAGGAAUAUGGAGCAGUUCUCCUGGAACCCUGACCACUUCUGGGUGCUGUUUCCUGAUGUAGUCAUGGUGAUUGCCUCUGAAGUUGCUGUGGACGUUGUUAAGCACGCCUUCAUCACCAAAUUCAAUGACAUCAGUGCUGAUGUAUACGGGGAAUACAGGGCCAGCCUUGCCUUUGAUCUUCUCAGCAGUCGACAGAAAAAUGCUUACACAGACUACAGUGACUCAGUCUCCAGAAGAAUGGGCUUCAUCCCGCUCCCUUUAGCUCUGCUGUUGAUCAGAGUCGUAACCAGCUCAGUGAAGGUCCAGGGUUCGCUGUCCUUCAUGUGUGUGCUGCUGUUUUACCUUGGGAUGAUCACUCUGAAGGUGCUCAACAGUAUCCUUCUUCUGGGUACGUCUUGUGGAUUCGUGAAAGACGCCAACAUGGAAGAGAAGCUCUUCAACCCUCCGCCCUCCGUCGUCUCCAGCCGUGCCAACUCCAGAGCUCACCGCACCAAAACCGUCCACAUUCCACCACAGCAAGAACCCACAAUCGACAAAGGAGGAGCAUCCGUGGCAGCAGAUGUUUCUUCGCCCCCCAGUGUGGCAGAGAGCUCUGCCCCAACACUCCCCAAAAGUGACUCAGACACUUUCCUGACCACGCCAGACGGGGAUGAUGAUGAAAAAAUCAUCAACACCGACACCGGACUGGAAGGUCUCGAACCACGAACGCCCAAGAAAGACUUGCUGGAAAUAGACCGCUUCACCAUCUGUGGCAACCGAAUAGACUGAAAGCCACAGGGAAACAACCAGUCAGUGUGCCCUGGCAAAACGGCAAGAUUCAGGGAUCAGAAACACGGGUCGGACUAGAGAAACUUCAGUGCACCUGACCCCUGAAUAUUUAUUUAUUUAUUACUGACAAAACCAGCCAAGGCAUAACGCUGUUACUACAAGCAUCACAGGCGGCCUCAGAUGUCUCCAUCUGGUCCAGCCGGUGCCUCGUGAACCAGGUUCACGGCAACAUGAAGACAUGCUUGCUCAUGACUAUGGGAGAAAACUGGCAUAGCUGUAGAAGAGCAUGAAGACAGAAACACAUGUGACGUAGUGCCACUAGGAUCGCUGUGUGAUGAAAUGACAGCUGGACUGUGCGAGUACGUGUUCAAAAGCACAAUCAUGCGUGCGGUGCAGAUUUGUUUUUAGAAAGAACAAACUUGUCCAUUUUUUAAAUUUUCAAAAGCCUAAUAUUUAAAAUGAAGUUUUUAUGAAGACUGUCAGAUCUUUUUCUAGAAUCGACCUGCAGGAAUAAGACUCACAAUCACAUGAACACACUGUUGAAAUCCCAAUGUUGCUCUGCUGACACACACACACACACACACACACACACACACACACACACACACACACACACACACACACACACACACACACACACACACACACACAUCCACACACAUCUAAAAUGGUCUUGUUUAAAGUGAAUUACUGUGAUGACCCCGAGUGUCCUUAGCGCUCCGACAUGGCAGCAGUGACAUUAGGUGCAGUCCUGCUGAGUGCACUGGCUUUGGUUACAGAGUUUACUUUAUCUUUUAGACGCAGAUCAAAGUUUAGAGGUUUUAAUGUCAUGCAGCUUGUAUUGAUAUUGUUACUUUAAGCACCGAGAUAGGCUGGUGCCUGUUUGUAAAGACAGUAUUUAUUCAAAAUUCAAGCCAAGUUUGGAAGAUAUUUCAUUUUUAGAUGAUUUUCUUUUUCAAAUGCUUCAUGUCAACACGCAUGUCGCCAACAGUUUGGCACGUCUUGGUGUAACACCACUGUGUUCUUGGUCUCAUUUAAAAUUCUUGGUGUGUGACACUUGCAUAUCAGCAUCAAUUUAACAUGUUUUGUUAUUAUUUCCCAUUAUCUUUGCAGCGAUAUGAGAAAUAAUUAAGGUUGCAUGUAUGCAGGUGAAAUGUUUAAGGGUAUUGUGUGAUAAUUAUCUAUCAAAAAUAACAAGGAUCAUAUGAGCACUUUGGUUGAACCAUGCAGCAUCUUUUUAUUUUCCUGAGAGCUGUAAGAAGCAAGGUUUGAAUCCUAAAUGUUGCUGACAUUGAGUGGUGUGUUUGUUGUUCGGCUGGCUUUGGUAAUUGGAAGAAGCUUUUUCCAAAUGCUUUCAUUUUUAUAUAACGACCUUUAGAAGCUGUAAAAGCUGGAAGCAUUGUUGAUCAUAUCAUUUCCGAAAUGCUGAAUUCAAGCUAUCCUUACAUUUAGCAUCUCAUGCUAAUAUCCUGUUGUAUUUGAUUCAAGCAACAAUGCUUGACAUUUGGAUUUUCGAAAAAUAAAUACCCAGUGGUUUUUAAAAGGUCUUUCAAAUUAAUUAAUGCUUCUCUGAAGAUAUUUCCAGAAUCAUCAAAGACUUAUCUAAAUGUGUGUGUGUGUGUGUGUGUGUGUGUGUGUGUGUGUGUGAUCUCACUGCUACUUCAAGACAUACUCUAUAUGUGAAUCGGAUAUUGCAUUGUUUUUAUUUUGUUUGUACAACAACCAAUCUGUUACAAAUCAUGUAUGUGGUAACGAAGGAGAAUAAAACAGGAUUUUGUUUUGUAA